UCGAGACAAAUACCAUUGUCUAAGGAGCUCUAGCUACCACGGCGAGGUUUGCCUGUUCCGUGGAUUUCUGUACAAGCCCUAGUUCUCAAUAGAACUCAAGUCUAACUAACUAGGGGAUCUUAUUAUCGUAAUACGGUCUCGUGACAGAACUUUGGACCAAAUCUCAAUUGAUUUCGUUGCUUCCCAACCAUCAAACUCACACCCUCAUGGAGACGACGGUCGGCGUGGCCUCCCCGCCCUACCGAAAGUUUCUCGGCCAGUGCCGCCGCUGGUCCCGCACGACGUGGCGAUCCAACGCGUGCAGCCUGUUCACGGACCGCUCCGUCUACAUCAGCCAGCCCUAUUGCGUCUACGCCGUCUUCCUGACCUCGUUGACCAAUUUUGCCGCCGUUGUCGACCCGGCCCUGGUAUACCUACUAAAGCAGUCGCUGUGGUUUGCGGCCUACCCACGGCUCGCCAUGGGCAGUCUGGUCGCCUGGAUCCUGUUUUCGAAGGCGGUUAAGGUCUUUGCCUACCUCCGGCGGCACCCGCAGGACAUCUGGCUGUUCCCGGUCCAGGUGUGCUGGGGCUACUUCCAUAGCCUGAUCAAGCUUUGGGCGCUGCUCACCUUCUGGGACGGCGCGUGGAGCGGUCGAGACCUCAGCGCGGUCCCGGUUGACAAGGGCCGCAGAAGCCAGUCUACAUCGCCGUGAAAAGAAAAGAUGGGAAGGAUGAGAAGGAGAACAUGCAGGAGAACAUGUAGGAAGGAGCAUGAUGGUUGGGGUAUGGCCUUUCAGUAACUAUUCCGAUGGGAAGGAUGGGAAGGAAAACAUGCAGGAGCAUGAUGGUUGGGGGUAUACAUAACCUUUUCAGUAACUAGACCUAGACAUAGAUAUAGGGCAACCGGGAGUCAAUUGGGACAAUUAAGGAACAACCUUGCUCAUGUUGCCACAAAGUGAAAUAGAUGUAUAGAAACCCCCCCCCCUCGUAUAAUGGGGCUGAUAGGGAAAGCUGCAGUGGUGACCAAAGAUGGUAUAAUUU